GUCAAUAUUUUUAAACGACAUUGAAUGAGAAACUGUUUUCUCUGGGUAUGGAUUUGCUCGACAAUAAGCUGUACAUGUGCACCCAGUGCUUUCAAAGAUGCCUAUGGACGGAUCUUUCGGAGAAGGAACACCGGUGUUCUAAUUGCCGUCUGCAGCCCAAGGAAUGUGCCAUUUGCGGUAAGAAGUUUGAGCCACGAAACAAGUCGCAUAGCUACUGCAAACGCUGCGAUUUCUACAUUCAAAAGCACGCUGUCGUCAAGCCGCCUCCAAUACAGAAAAGCCCCGAAGGACAACCUUAUGGGGAGCAGACUAGGGAAGGAUCCUCGAUCACAGAACGGUGGAGGGAGAUUAGGGCCGCCUCUGGGAUUGACGACGAUUUGAGCAUGAGUGACUAAAGUAGAAAACUGCACAACGUUGUUAAAUAAAUGAUCGACCUCGAUUAAAUAUCUCAAUA